GCUGCUUCGAUGUUUUUGUUUGAUCGUGUGUUUUUAGGUUUGCCGUAAUGAAAUGUGGUGUAGUUCGUGUGCAUGAAAGUGCCGGAAGGUAGCCUGCGUCUCGCUGCAAACUCGCCGUAUGCGUGGCGCGCCAGGCAAAUGUGGACCAACGAUUUUCAUGCCGUGGAGUGUGUUCCCUUUGUCUUGGGUGGUCGUGAAAAGUUUUGUGGACGUCGCGAUGAAAUAAUGCGUAUUAUUAGCGUGCCUCAGCUCGUCCAUUACGCAACGGCAUGUAUGCUGGAUCAACAUCGUCGACGCAGCACUGGCAACUCGGAGAGCUCUUUUCGAUCUCAUCGUACUGUUCAAAAGUGGCGAGGCCUUGGCCCGCAACAGUGUCCACUAAAAGGAGGAGCCCCCAGAAAUGCAGACCCCAUACGAGUGCCUGCAGCAGCAUGGCUGGAUGCUCAUGUCAGGCUUCACCGUGGCAGAGUACCAGGCGGAACCAACGAGGUUAAAAGCUAGCCUUUCCUCGCUGCUUUCCAGGAAGUGAAGUAGUGGGCGAUCAUGUAAGAAUGAACUUGCAACAUGUGAGCAGUCGCCAAAGCUUCAUACAGGUCAUGCUGGUGGUAAAAACUGGAAUGCUGAGACAAACCACAUUAUUUAUUUAUUUAAGUAUUAAAUAAUUUACAUUUAUUUGUUUAUACCUCACUAAAGCCUUACAUGCCUCCAGGAAGGAAUUAGGUAAAAUGGGAAAGCAUUAUUAAACCAAAGUAAACACGUCAUUCAAAAAAGCAUCAUUCGCAUAGCACAAGCAUG